UUUACAAAUGAUGAUUUGGUUCGAUCUUAUGUAAAUUGGCCAGAUGAUGUUUCUGAUCCACUGGAAAGGAGUAUUCCUAAGUUACAAAAGGGUGCUGUGCCAUCAUUAUUUGGUAAUACUGUUAACAAAAGCUUUAAUGACUGCUCAGAAAUCACACCAAUAYUUGCAAGGUCACAAUUCUGCACAGAGUAUCCAUUAUGUCGUAAAAMACUUGAUUGGACUUGUAGUACACCAAUAAUCGACUCAUCUAGUAUAAAUUCAAAUUGUAAUUCUCUGGAGAUACAAGUGCCUCUUUCUGAUUAUAAUAAUUCUUUCCAUAGCAAUUUUCAAACCUUAAAUAAUUCAGACAAUCAUCAGGUAAAUACAUCUAUUUCUGAAUUUCAGUUUAUUACAUUUUUCAAACAAUUAAAAUCUGUUAAUCUUCCGACUGGAUGGAGUUGCAUUCAAAAUGAAACUACAUUAGUCUUUUUUUCAAUGCAAAUUCAAAAUGAUGAUAUCCCUAAAGCUACUGUUGAAAAACAAAUAGUUAUCCUACAUAAUUUUCAAGUUUCAUGUUAUGCUUUUAAUGUCAAAUUGAAACCCUCAAAUUUUAACUUGAAUAGUUUUGAAAUUGGACCUAAUAACAUUGAAGAAGUUGUUAAUUUAUUAAUGUUACUUGAUAAAAAAAGUAUCUGUAUUGGUGGCCCGAAAGCAGUUAAUUUUUCAGGUAUUUCAGUCAAGAGUGCAAAACUAAAUCAUGGCACAUGGCAUCAUUAUAAUUGUACAAUUGUUAUGGAUUCACUU